AUACGUCGCAAAUACAACAAUCUUCAAACAGAUCUUAUAAAUGAGCAACAACGAAGAUAUAAUGCAGAAGCAGAACGAGAUAUACGUCAAGCAGAGUUAACACAAACUCAAGGAGAUCUCAACUUAAUAACUACUGCAUAUAAUAAUGAAAGAGUUGUAUGCCAUCAGUAUUUUUUAGAAUUACAACAAUGUCGUAUCAGAAUAGAUAUGUUGGAAAAUGAUUUACAUUUAUGUGAUAUCCAGCUCGAUCUUAAAUGGGAUCAAAACUCUGAUCAAACACAAUCAAAGAAAAAAUCAUUUACAAAGCAAAAUGACAAUGUACAAAGUUCACAGCCUGCUAGUAAUAUUCUACAAUCUACAGUUUCGCAAGCAACAUUACCCUCAUAUGAUGAAAUGCAAAAAUCAUUUCAAGCUAUGUUUGAUAAACAGGAUACUAAACAUAAAGCUGAGAUGGAAAAAUUGAAAGCCGAAUUUCAAGCACAAAUGACUCAGCAACCAAUUGCUCAAAAAGAACAAACACUAGUUCCACAAAUUGUUAAACCAGCUAGACAACCGAAAGGUCCACCAUCAAAUUUAAUUACGAAAGAAGAUUAUGAAACUUAUUAUUUAGGUAAAUACUUUAAUGAUUUAGGCAUAUAUAGUAAAGAAGAUUUAGAUUCAAAUUAUCCUGAAAAACCUUUUCAAAGAUCUCGUCCACAACGAAAAGAUAACUCUGUUAGAUUAGAGGAGAAAGUAGAUGAAAUUGGAAAUAUGUUAUCUAAUCUUAAUAUAAACAAUCAAUCCAAAAAACCGGUAGCCAAAUCAAAUCGAACACAACGAUAUUAUCCUUUUCAAUCAAUAAAUUAUAACUUUUCAGCUAAUAAUGAAAAUAGUGGAUAUAAUGAAGAAAAUGAUAUAUGGUACGAUGAUGAUUCCGAAAAAAAAAACGAGUACCAGUAA